GAAUAUUCAUUGAAAAGCAACGGGAGUUCUCGGUUUACGACAGAGUGCGUCCGUGCGCGUGGUGGGAACGGUAGCAAGAUGGCGGCACUGAAGGAGGAGCAGUGCUACGGACUGUCCUGUGGAAGAGUGAGCAACGGUAGCAAUGUCUCCGUCUUUCACGUUAAACUCACUGACAGCGCACUGAGAGCGUUUGAAGGCUACCAGAGCAGCAAGGUUCUGUCAUCACGACCAUUGAUCAGGUUUAAUGGGAACCAAGGGAAAAUUUCUAUACCACGGUCAGAAAAUUCCAGUGAACUGCAAACGUUUACUUUCUACUUGUCAAAUGUGGGCAGAGACAACCCCCAGGGCAGCUUCGACUGCAUCCAGCAAUACAUCACCAGUGAAGGGAGCAUUCAGCUGGAUUGUUUGGGUGGGAUCCAGGACAAGAUUACAGUAUGUGCCACAGACGACUCUUACCAGAAGGCCAGGGAAAGCAUGGCCCAGGUUGAGGAGGAGACUCGCAGUAGGAGUGCUAUUGUCAUCAAGCCUGGGGGGAGAUAUGUAGGUAAGAAGGUUCAGAUCUGGAAAUCGAGCCCUGGCCUCUUGGACAUCGCCCCUUCACGGAAGACGUCUCGGCCUGUCAUCAUUUCUAGCAGUACGCUAAAAAAGAGCUCAGCUCAGCACAGGCCACUCCGGGAGCGCCUCGUACACCUGUUGGCCCUCAAGCCUUACAAGAAGCCUGAGCUGAUCCUGAGACUGCAGAAAGACGGCCUCCUGCCCUUAGACAAGGACUCCCUGGACAGCCACUUGCAACAGGUGGCAAACCUGAAUGGGAGAGACAACACCUUCACAUUGAAGGACUUUUUGUAUAGGGAAAUUCAGAAGGACUGGCCAGGCUACACAGAAGGAGACCAGCAACUUCUCAAGAGAAUCCUGUUUCGGAAACAGAACAGCUCUGCCCCUCCGCUGGAGUGCCCGCCCAAAGAGCUGGCCAGCAGCUCGCCAUCUCAGAAACGGCCUGCUACUGACUUCAUUGACCCCCUUGUCAACAAAAAGCCCAGGAUAUCACACCUCGCCAGCAAGGCUGCAACAGCCCCAGUCAAUGGCAAACUCAGUUCCUCUAACGGGAGAGGAGAGGCGAGUGGAGCUCAGGCAGGAGUGGCUGUUUCUACAUCAGAUGGCAGCAUGACGUCCAGCUCCCAGCAGCUUCCUGUGCUGGACAUUCCUCGUCCUUUCGAAGCACUGUCGGAUGUCAGCAAUGACUCCAGCCACAACGGGAGGGACUGUGACUCUCAGGAAACAGCAGUGUCUGAGAGGCUCGGCCAACCUCCUUUGCUAUUCUCUGGCUCAACAAUGCUCUCUGCGCCCAACGUCAGCACAUCAUCCCCUGGACACACGGUACUGGAGGCCUCUCAGGACAAGAAUUCUUCCUCCUGCAACAACAAAUCCAGGAAGAAGUCAAAAAAGCAUAAAGACAAGGAGAAGAGCAAAGACAAGGAGAAGGCGAGAGACAGGGCACAAGUGAAGGAGAAGGAGAAGGAGAGGAAGAUUCGUGAGGAUUGUGUGCCUGAGCCUAACAAAGCCUGUGAGAUGAGCCCAGGAAACCUCAAAAGCAACAGUAUUCCACACAAAAGUGCAGAUCUGAAUGGAAUGUGCAACAGUACCAGUACUCCUUCAUCUUCACCUGAGGUGGCAGAGUAUUUAUUGAAGUACACAGUGAUCGGCUCUCCAGAACAGCGUCAAAGAUAUAAAAAUGAUUUCAACGCUGAGUAUAAUGAGUACCGGGGUCUGCAUGCUCGGAUAGAAGGCAUCACCCGGCAGUUCACUGUGCUUGACAAUGAGCUCAAACAACAUCAACAAGGCACAGAGAAGUACGAGACAAUCCACCAUCAGAUACUUCAAGAGUAUCGUAAAAUUAAAAAGACUAAUCCAAACUAUAGUCAAGAGAAGAACCGCUGUGAAUAUCUACACAACAAACUGGCACAUAUAAAGAGACUUAUCGCUGAGUACGAUCAACAGCAACUUUAAAAGUAGUUAUUAGACAUUGUUUCCCUGUUAUCUCUGGAAACCAAGCAGAUAAAGGAAAACUCUGGAUUCCACUUGUACUAAAAGAUUCUCCUGAACGAUGCCAUGAAGGGAGUGUUACCCUCAUCUGGGCCAAAGGCUCUGGUGAGGACUAAGCAGGACACGCAAUCUGUUUUCUCUUUCCUUUUGUUUUCCUUUCUUUUUGGAGGAUGGAGUUGUGCCUGGUGUGGCCAGGUUCGUCUGUGUAGUUACAUUGCAUCCAGAAAAAAAAUGUUCUGUGUGGCUUUGUUUUUCACAGCAGUCCACCCUGCUUAUAGUGCACUGAGGUCUGCAAGAGCCAGACAUGGAAGCUGUCUUUGGAGAUCUCAAAGCAUCCUUCCCGCUUUUCAAACUGGAGAGAAGGGGGACACUGAGCUGACAACUGCAGAUAGUACGCCAAACACAACUAAUUUGUUUUGGAGUAAAGAAAAGUUUAAGUGACUUUCCCCGUAUACUGAAUCGAAUGGUUGCGAUGCUGAAUUUAUCUCUGUUUUUCCUUUUAUUUAUUUUUGAGGAGGGAGGCUGAGUCUGUUUUACACUCCUCAAUAUCAGUACUUAAAAGCGGUCUCUUACUUUCCGUUCUCGCAUUAUGAAUGUCAGCCAGUAUUUUACUCAGAAGCUGCCUUGCCCAUGUAAUUGUCAAUCUGUCUGCGUUCAUUUUUUUUCUCUUCUAAAGAGUUGCAGAUAAUACUGUUGAUUAAAUCAAAACAAUGCCUCUAAAUGCAGAGUCAGACGCAGGUUUAUGUGCUUGGCUUCUUUUCUUUUCUUUUUUUCCCCCCCCUCCUAAAAUCGUGUGCAGAUGUCUUAACAGAGGGCACGUGUGAAUGUUUCCAGUCACUCUUGAGCUGUGGGCUUUCUUUGAACGUGGUCUCCUCACUCAGUCAUGACGAACUGCAGCGCUUGUUCAUUGGUUACAGCAGUGGUCCUUAAUUAUGGUUCAUCAUAUUGUAUCAGUGAAAAUCUAGAUUUAGCUCUUAAUUGAUUGUCUCUCCAGUUUAUAUCGUGAUGGCUUUUGUAGCAAUAGAAUGAUUCAAGGUUAUCUGAAGAGUACAUUGCCAGUUGCACUCUUCAUCAUGCUUUAGAAGAUCCUCUAAUUGUAAGAUGAUGCAGAUGGGCAAUAGGAAUCUACAGGCUUUUUUCUUCUCUUUUUUUUUUUCUUUUUUCAUCUUCAGUAUGUUCAAUAUUAGAUGAGCCACAGAUCUGGUAUCUCCCGAGUUACCGUCGUUGUCACCUUUUUAGUUAUAUUAAAAUUGUGUUUACAGUUUCUUUAAAAAGAUCAAAUUCUUAUUUUUGUCUGCUCACUGACCCACAUGGUAGUCCAUCAAGAUGACUGUUAAGAUGAAGCCAUCAAGACCAUCUUGUGGGUGGAGGCCUCUCAGAGAAGGAGGGCUCACCUGCAACCGGUUUCUGCCUUUUUCAAGCGUGAUGUCAGAUAUUCACGAACGUUGACCUGUUUUCUUGGAUCAGCUCUCCUCUGACAAGUGUCGACAGAUUCGUAGACAAAUUAGAAAUGCUGUAUCAGAACUUAACCAGGUGAACGGGCGAGUCAAGUUUAGUAAGCAAAUGCAUUUCUUAUAUCGAUCUUUUUAUGUGAAUAUGAAAAAUCAGCACUUUUUCUCCUGAUCUUGCUGUUACCUGAGGGCUUUGUCCAAAUGACUUUUCUCUUUGUCCAUCAGAGUGCAUGCUUUAUGAAUGUGUUACAGUGAACAGCCUUUGUAUCUUUACUUGAAGAAAAAAAAAACUGCCCACGGAUAUCAAAAUCCACGAGUGAGUCCACCUGAAUUAGUAUGUAAUCAAUUCAACAUGGCUCUGACCAGCAUGUAUACCAAAGUGCUUAUUGAAUGGGAAGAAACAAAAUGCUCUACCACAUGUUGGCAGAGAAACAUCUCACAGUAUUCUCUACUUCCUGUUACUAUAGUGUCUUUUGUCAUAAUUUAUAGUCCAGUGAAAACCUUCUCAGUGUUUUCUUGUGAGAAGUCAGAGGACGCUCCUUUGCUCCAGAUAGGAUUUUGCAACACUGGGCUGUUUCAGAUUAUAUCGCUCUUCUAACUCAAACACUACAUCAAGGUCAGUACUCCCAAGACUCACCACAGCAAUACUGCUGAGGCUUGAUCUGGGACUUGGUGAUGCCUGGGCAAGGGGGACGUAAAGUUUAGUAAAGGUGAAUGUCUUUUUACCCGAAGCAACACUUGGCAUCGCCCAGCACUGCAACUUAAAGACGCAUUUCACCAUUCUUACUGUACCUUGUUUCCUAGAAACAUUCUGACACGAUCACUGUAUUACACCUCUGUUAUACAUUAUGAAAUGUUCAUCAGUAAACAUGUUUUGCUCCAAUGAUGAUGAGUAAAGUUUGUGUGAAAGUAAUGAUAUGCCAGCAAGGAAGUACCAUUGUAUGAGUUGAUUGUGCCAAAAUGAUCUGUUGUAUAGGUUUUUUUUUUUCCUCCUUCUUCUUUUGUGAGUAUAUACAUGCUGCUGUAUAAGCAAAGAGGGCUUUGGAGAAGAGUCAUGAAAUGCUGGCGCUAAAACCCAAAGCACGCUUUUUGAAAACUAUAAGGGAUUGGGACUGAAAUUGAUCUUUGUUUCAAUAAAAUUCUUUAAAACCCUUA